CAGACAGUCACAUUCACUUUCGCCAGAUCUCAGAAACCCAGGAUGCAUUUCUCCAUCAGCUGCGGACUGUCUUUCAUGUGUGCUAACAUGCUGCUCUUCCUUCCUGCGCAAGGGCAACUUCAGCGUGCCACACCUGAGCCCCCGAACCAGCUGCCAGUCGCUCCCCCCUGCUGUAUGGAGGUCUCACAGGCCCACAUCAGGGAACCUGUGAGCGCCUGCUUUGAACAGAUGGAAGGCACGUUCCCCAACUGUAAAAUACAUGCAUACAUUUUCGUCACUGUGAGUCAAGAACUUUGUGUGGAUCCUAAGGCCAGCUGGCUGCCAGAAAGACUCCGCAAGUUACAGGAAAGAGGAAUAUUUUGCAAAAUCCUGUGAAAGGCCUUCAACAAACAAGGUGAAGAUGACGCAUCAUGGCCUUGAAUUUGUCAAUUAACUUGAUUAAAUGUUCC